UGCAAACCAUUCUGGACUCCCCAGAAUUUCACCUCCACGCCUCCAACCACCCCAUCUCCUUCUCUCUGCCUUUUUAUCUUUCUCUCUUCCUCUCCAUGAUCAGUUCUCAAUCUCUACAAAACCCAGAACCAAUAAUACUACAACCUUGAGUUCCUUCAGUAUCUCUGCAAACAUAUAUCCAUGGAGAGCACCGAUUCCUCGUCGGGCUCACAGCAGCAGCCCCAGCUCCCACCCGGCUUUCGCUUCCAUCCAACCGAUGAAGAGUUGGUAGUCCAUUAUCUCAAAAAGAAGGCCUCCUCUGCACCCCUCCCUGUUACGAUCAUCGCUGAAGUUGACCUCUACAAGUUCGAUCCAUGGGAACUCCCAGGCAAGGCGACUUUCGGUGAUCAGGAAUGGUAUUUCUUCAGUCCCAGAGACCGCAAGUAUCCGAAUGGCGCCCGGCCUAACCGAGCAGCGACGUCUGGCUACUGGAAAGCUACCGGAACGGAUAAACCUAUAUUAACCUCCGGUGGAACCCAGAAGGUGGGAGUGAAGAAGGCCCUCGUCUUCUAUGGAGGAAGGCCACCCAAAGGGAUCAAAACCAAUUGGAUCAUGCAUGAAUACAGGCUAGCCGAUAACAAUAAUACCACCUCCAAUAAGCCUCCCGGCGCCGACACGUCCAACAAAAAGAGCUCCUUACGGCUUGAUGACUGGGUCUUAUGCCGAAUCUACAAGAAGAACAACUCCAACAGGCCCAUGGAACGGGACAAGGAAGAUUCUAUGGAUGACAUGCUGGGUCUGCCAACCUCAACAUCAUUUAUGGAAGUGCAGCAGAGUUCCAAGCAGCCGACCCAGAGGACCGCCACCUAUGGCUCGUUGCUUGAAACUGACGAAAAUUUCUUUGAAGGUCUAUUGACUGAUGAUGGUGUCAACAGCACCUCCAUUACCCAGUUAGGCUCAGCAAGUUCAAAGACAGAGCUCUCCAUGGUUCCAGCUGCUUCCCUCCCACCUCUCAAACGCACCCUCCCAUCUCCAUAUUGGAACGACGUGUCUGCUGUUGGGCCCUCAUCAGCCAAGAGAUUCCACGCUAAUAAUCACAACAACAGUGGCAGCGACACCACCAAUGCCAACAGUCCCAUCACCACGCUGCUACUCAAUCAGCUCCCACAAGCCACUCCGUUCCACAGCCCGCUUCUUGGGCCUAUGGGUGAUGGCGUUUUCCGGCAACCGUACCAGUUCUCAGGCAUGAAUUGGAACUCCUAGUUUGGUUUACCGUGGUGAGUUCGAUAUUAAUCCACUCGAAUUCUAGAUACGCAAGCUUGAAUCAAGACAAACUGAUCAAGUGGGAGACACCCCGCCUCCCCCCCCUGUAUGUAGGAGAGUGUUAUAUGUCAGAGCCAUAAACUGAUAAUAGAUAUCAAACAACUGAGCUUUUUAGUUAAGUACCGUUUGAUUGAGUGUCAUAGAUUCUGUCUGUCAGAUACAAGACUUGUUAGAAGGAAACAAAGGAAAAGGAAAUUAAAAGAAAGGAAGUAGGCUAGCUCUUAGGUUGUGUUACUGUAACUGUUGGUCUGUUGCAGCAAAAUCCAGGUGAGGUCAUAAACAUCACACUUAGGCUUGUACUUUAUACAUAUUUAUUUAUUAAUUAU